AUGGUAGGCGCGUCCCCCAGCUGCUCACCUUUUCGUUGUUCCGGUCGCGGUAUAAAGAAGCAUAUGAAGCGCAUCAACGCGCCUUCUCACUGGCUUUUGGACAAGUUGAGCGGUCGCUACGCCCCGAAGCCAUCGCCAGGACCUCACAAGUCCACGGAGUGCCUGCCCCUGAUGCUGCUCUUGAGGAACCGUCUGAAAUACGCCCUGACCUACGACGAGGUCAAGCUGAUCGUGAUGCAGAAGGUGGUCCGCGUCGACGGCAAGGUGCGCACCGACAUCACCUAUCCCAUCGGUUUCAUGGACGUGGUCUCGCUGGACCGCACGAACGAGCACUUCCGCCUCUUGUACGACACCAAGGGCCGCUUCGUCCCGCACAAGAUCACCGCUGAGGAGGCCACCUACAAGCUCUGCAGGGUGAAGAAGACCUUCAUCGGGCCCAAGGAGGUCGGCGUCGCCGUGACCCACGACGGGCGCACCAUCCGCUGCAUCCACCCCGAUGUCAAGCCCGGAGACUCCCUGCGCAUCGACCUCGAGACCGGCUCGGUCAUCGAGUUCUUCAAGUUCGAGGUCGGCAACCUCGUCAUGGUCACCGGAGGUCACAACCAGGGCCGUGUGGGCACCAUCGUCCACAAGGAGAAGCACCCCGGCAGCUUCGACCUGAUCCACGUGCGCGACGAGGUGGGCAACACUUUCUCCACCCGCAGCUCCAACGUCUUCGUGAUCGGCGUCGGCACCAACAACUACGUGUCGCUCCCGAAGGACCGCGGUAUCAAGAAGUCGAUCAUCGAGGACCGUGCGCAGAGGCUGGCGCGCGCCCACUAA